GAGGAGGGCAGCAGUACGCCUUUUCCGCGUGUAGACUGCCGCAACAAAGACUAAGAAGAAGAAGAAACAUGGCCCCUUAGCAAAAAAGAAUAUCCGAGUGGAUGGCAGCAAUAUUGUUAUUUUGUACUGAAAAUUCUGUUUAUGGCCAGGAGUCCGUCAAUUUUUAAAAAUCCAGAUUCACGACAAUGAAGGUGCGUGUCCAGCUGCAGUGUAAGAAUUUGCAUGAAUACCUGAGAGAGCUGAGUCCUGAGAUCUUGUACAGACUGUACAACCAUCCAGCAACAUGUCUGGCGGUCUACAGGGAGCUCCCCUCUCUUGCUAAGAAUUAUGUGAUGCGUAUGCUGUUCCUGGAUCAACCUCUGCCCCAGGCAGCAGUGGCAUUAUGGGUGAAAAAGGACAGUCAGAAGGAUCACAAUGAAUGUGUCUCCGUGUUGGCAGGACUUCGCCUAUGGCACAGUCAGCAGCUCCAGGGUGGUCUUCAGGGAUACAUGUUAAAUCCAGUGUUCAAAGACAACCUGAGGAUAGCUCUGCUUGGCGGGGGCAGAGCGUGGGCCGAUGAGGGCAGUGCUCUGGGUCCUGACCGCCAUGCACGGGAUAUUGAGAGUCUUGACCGCUAUGCUAUGGAGCGCUGGGAGGUCAUUCUGCAUUUCAUGGUGGGUUCUCCCAGUGCUGCUGUCAGUCCGGACCUGGCUCAACUGCUGGUCCAAGCAGACCUCAUGAAAAGUGAGGCAGGAGAGGCACCUUACAUCACCUCAGCUGGUUUCCAGUUCCUUCUACUGGACACAGCCUCUCAGCUAUGGUAUUUCACCCUGCAGUACCUCAAAACUGCCCAGUCCAGAGGGAUGGACCUGGUAGAGAUCUUGUCAUUCUUAUUCCAGCUCAGUUUCUCUACUCUGGGCAGAGAUUACUCGGUGGAGGGCAUGAGCAAGUCAUUGCUCAUCUUCCUGCAGCACCUGCGGGAAUUUGGACUAGUGUUCCAGAGGAAGAGGAAGUCAAGGCGGUACUACCCCACCAGAUUGGCCAUCACUCUGGCUGCAGGAGUCACUAUGAACUCCUCCUCUGAUUUGGCUUCCACUUCUGUUACUGGAGAUGCAGGCUUCAUUGUGGUAGAAACCAAUUAUCGUAUCUACGCCUACACAAACUCCGAACUUCAGAUCGCUCUGGUAGCUCUCUUCAGUGAAAUGCUGUAUCGCUUCCCUAAUGUAGUAGUGGCUCAGGUUACAAGGGAGUCAGUGCAACAGGCCAUCGCCAACGGCAUCACUGCACAACAGAUUAUUCACUUUCUCAGAACCAGAGCUCAUCCUGUCAUGCUCAAACAGACCCCUGUGCUGCCUCCAACCAUAACAGAUCAGAUCAGACUGUGGGAGCUGGAGAGAGAUCGACUACAUUUCUCAGAGGGCGUGCUCUAUAACCAGUUCCUCUCCCAGGCUGACUUUGAGGUGCUGCGAGACCGAGCUCAGGAUCUGGACUGUCUGGUGUGGCAGGAUGUGGCUCACAGGAUGAUGGUGGUGACACCACAGGGACACGGUGAGGUCAAGAGGUUCUGGAAACGACAGAAGUCUCACACCUGACAGGAGGAAGAGAAACAAGGUGCAAUGAUCACACCUGAAUUUUCUUGCUGACUCAGUUCGAUCCUGGCAGCACUGUAAGAAAGUGAAGAUUAUAUAGUUAUUUUGUGUUUUAUAAAAUGCUGAUGUAUUUUGGAUUGAAUUCUUACACAAAAAUGACUCCUAUGUUCAUAUUUUCUUUUUGUCCAGUCAGUGGUGAAAUACUGUAAAUAAAGCAAGCUUUAACUCUUCCCAUGUUGGGUGAAGGCCACCAUGUGGGGUUUUUGACUACUAGUACUGCUAUGGUGCAUGUUUUUAUUUUACAAAUGGGCCCCCAGGGUGUUGUUGCACAGGGAAAAGAAUGUGUGUGCGGAUGUGCAGGCAUGUGGAGAAAGUAAUAGACAUUUUUGUGCUGGUUUCAAGCUGCUCUGUUGAUCAGUAGCUACUCCAAGAAGCUUAGUCAUGCAUCACACAAAUGUAGUGAAGAAGAAGCCUGGUAACUAGUAAACAUAAACAAUGUAGGAUUUUAAACAUUAAUUUGUAAAGGGAGGGAAUUAAAUUCUGGAUGAGGAGGAGGAAGAAGGGUCAUUGUGUUUGUGGAAUUUACUGCAUACCAGAGAACAAAGACCGUUGUCUGUUCAUCAUCUAUCCAGACCCACAAUGGAGAGUUCAUUAAACUCAUAAAACCAAUGUGCCUAAAAGAUGGGGAGAUGUGCUUCAAGAUUUUGUUUGUCUGCAGAUCAGUUUGAUGUCCUGCAUCGAAUCAGGCUAUUUGUUAAGCAUGCCAGCACACAGUUUGUUUAGCUGUAAUGCUGAGGCCAUGUACUACAGAGCCAAUCACUAGCAACAAGCUACAUCUCCAUCUGUUGUCUGAACUGAUAAGAAUGAUCACCGUCACUGGCUUCCCACCCUCAAACAUGGCCAAUUGUGUUUAAUGGAAUACAUAGCAAACUGGAAGUAUCACUGAACUGAAAUGUGGGCCUCUGCUGUGGUGGAAAAUAACUACAGAACCUGUGCAUGAAUGUGUUUGCACCUUUUUUAAAAA